AUGAGAACCAUUCUCGGUCUUGUAGCUGUAGUGACAGCAGUGUCUAUCACAGGAGCUUCAAGCAUCGAGGUUUUGAAUGAACAACCGCUCAACACUUCUUCAGUAUGGUUCCUCGCUAAGAACAGGACAAACGUCACUAUAAAAAGUGAUACUUUGCGAUUACUUCUAGUUGGAGAUAUAGGAGGAGUACCUUGGCCUCCUUACUAUACAGAUGCACAGCUACAAGUCGCAGAAAUCAUGGAAGCGUGGGCUAAAAGAAUAGGGGGACUCCACGGUGUUCUCAAUGUUGGCGAUAACAUCUAUUUCACUGGAGUAAAUGAAGUAACUAGUUGGAGAUUCAACACUACCUUUGAGGACGUUUACAAUGGUCCAGGAUUGGAUGUGACUUGGUACAUGAUAGCAGGGAAUCAUGAUCACUUUGGAACUGUUGAAGCUCAAGUGCAAUAUACCAGAUACAGCCGAAAGUGGCUCUUUCCUGCUCUGUACUACAAAUUAUCUUUCACAUUUGGUAAAAAUAAUACUGCUGUAGACGUGGUGUUUAUCGAUACAGUAGAGCUUUGUGGAAAUACUGCCGACUUUGAACGUGGUCAUUUUAUUGACCUCCUUACUCAUCCACAACACGAACCCAUGUAUCCAAAAAACCCGAACUUAGCGAAGCUGCAAUGGGACUGGAUCAAUAGGACUUUAAACUCAAGCACUGCCGACUAUUUAUUUGUUGCUGGGCACUACCCAGUGUUUUCCGUGGCAACACACGGGCCAACCCAGUGCCUUUUGGAUCAUCUUAAACCUCGGCUAGAGGCGUAUAAUGUAUCAGCGUAUUUUGCUGGACAUGACCACAGUAUUCAGCACUUCAACACAACAAUGAAAAACGGUCAUGAAAUCCAUUACGUACUGUCUGGUGCCGCCUCACGCGCUGAUUAUUCAGGGAAACAUUUGACCGAUGAGAGAAUUCCACUGAACUCGUACAGGAUCCGCUAUCCACACACGCAUGUAUGGUGGCCUCUUUCGCAGUUAGGAAUAGAUACCAUUGGUGGAUUCGUUCAGAUGAAUAUCACAAGUGAAGCUGCGAACCUGACGUUUGUCACGGGAAACGAUAGAGAAAUCUAUAAGUUUACCAUCAAGCCCAGAAAAAAGAAGUCGACUCAAGGCUCGGCACCUUCUAAACGUCUUGGCAUGUUUUGGUUCUUUCACGAAGUUGAGGGCGAUUCUUAG